AUGCGAGUUCUUACGUAUGUCCUUCAGUGGGCACUUAGACGGCCUUUUCUCUUGCAGCACGAACGGAACACACAGGCCUGCUCAUUGCAGAACCCUGAACUGCACGUUGUCUACAGAUUUGUCUGCGGCCUUUUCAGUGCUGAGCACCUCACCGCUGAGUGUGUGGUUGUGACCUUGAUUUUUGUGGAAAGGCUCUUGGACUAUAGAAAUAUGGACUUGUGUCCCACCAAUUGGAGGAGAAUACUUGUGGGAUCCGCUCUUCUUGCAUAUGAGUACUGGAACAAACAGGCUGUGUGGAGCAUGGACUACUGCCAGGUCAUCAAUAACAUCAUUACAGCCGAGGACAUGAAUGAGAUAGAAAUGCAUUUUUUACAUUCCAUUCGGUUUGAUAUUAAAAUUACUAGCUAUACGUAUGCCAGAUAUUACUUUGACCUUCUAGACAUGGCCGAAGCAAACAACGUGGUCGAUCUAUUUGAACCUUUUUUGCAAAGCAGAACACUGAACCCAGAGGCUAUUUCCAGAUGCUAUCAAGAAAAAGACCUGGGCAGAGCUGCUAUAAAAAGAUCUCUUAGCGCCGACAAUCUCUUAGCGCAGGCAACGCACCAAAUCCAUGCUCUCUGAAGAAAAUGAGGGCUUAUAACAUCAUGAGACCCUCAUCUACAAAAACUACAGAAAUACCACCUCUCCUUCUAAAAAGCAGUGGUAACAAGCAGUUAAAGAAA